UCCGGGUGUACCAAGAUGGCGGCCGCUCAGAGCAUGCGCUCUUCGGGCAGGAGGAAGGAGGAGCCAAAGGGAAACCUGUGGAGAGACUUGUGUGAGUCCGGGCCGUCAGUGGUGAUCACUCCGGGAGCUGGUGCCACCAUGGAAGGAGACCUGGCCAGGCUUGUGUGGAGGCCGGGCCUGGAGGCCCCGCCCCCCUCCGUCGUCACCGACCUGGAGAUGAAGAUCGGCUCCCUGGUCACUUUACUCCUCCUGACCCUCAUCAGCGGCCUGAUCCCCCUUUUCCUGCUGCGCCGCCAGGGGAGCACUGACAUCCUGAGUGCCCGUCGCCGAGCGCUGAGCCUAAUCAGCUGUUUUGCCGGCGGCGUCUUCCUGGCGACCUGCCUGCUGGACCUGCUGCCUGACUACCUCUCCGGAAUCAACGAGGCGCUCGGCAAGUUAAAUAUAACGCUCCAGUUCCCUCUUCAGGAGUUCAUCUUGGCCAUGGGGUUCUUCCUGGUUCUGGUUUUGGAGCAGAUCGUGUUGAGCUACAAGGACCAGCCGGGCCUAUCGGAAGAGACUCACUCCCUCCUGGGCUCGGAAGUCCGCCACUCCGGCCCGGAACAGCCGCACGUACACGUGGACGUCAACGCGCACUCGGCGGUGCGGGCGGUCACCCUGGUCGCGUCACUCUCCCUGCAUUCCGUUCUGGAGGGGCUGGCGGUCGGCCUCCUGCGGGAGAGCGGGAAGGUCCUGGAGAUCUGCCUGGCCCUCCUCAUCCACAAGUGCAUCAUCUCCUUCAGCUUGACCUUGAAGCUGAGCCAGGGCCGCCUACGUCCUCGGGUCAUCCUGGGCUGCCUUCUGCUUUUCUCCUUCAUGACCCCUCUGGGCAUCGGCAUCGGGGUGGCCCUGAUGGAGUCUUCCGACCCCUUGCACCAGCUGGCUCGCAGCGUUCUCGAGGGCAUCGCCACCGGCACCUUCUUGUACAUCACCUUCCUGGAGAUCCUGCCUCAUGAACUAAAUUCCGGCGACCAGCGCAUCGGCAAGGUUGUGGUGAUGCUGUGCGGCUUCUCGGUUAUCACCGCCAUCUUGUUUAUCAAGAUCUAGGAUGGGUUAUAUACAGGACAUUUCCAACUUACCCUUCCCCCUUCCAUGAACACUGAUGGCAAAGAUGGAGGAACGAUGGUCACAGAAAAGGACCGACUCGUGAGCAGACCCACCAGGGCUCUUCAUCUACAAGUGUAUCUCCUUCAGCUUGACUUUGAAGAUGAGCCAGGACCACCUACGUCUUCGGGUCAUCCAACGCUGCGUUCUGCUCUUCUCCUUCAUGACCCCUCUGGGCAUCGGCCUUGGGGGUGCCCCUGAUGAAGUCCUCCGACCCAUUUCACCAGCUGAUUCCCAAUGUCCUGGAGGGCAUCACCACCAACACCUCCAUGUACAUUACCUUCUUGGAGAUCCUGCUUCGUGAACAUUGGCAAGGCGGUAGUGAUGCUUUUCAGCUUCUUGGUCAUCACCGCCAUCUUGUUUUAUCAAGAUCUAGGAUGGGUUAUAUACAGGACAUUUCCAACUUGCCCUUCCCCCUUCCUAAACACUGAUGGCAAAAAUGGCUGAACGAUGGUCACAGAAAAGGACCGACUCAUGAGCAGACCCACCAAUGUUCCUUAUCCAAAAUCUUUUUCAGCUUGACCUUGAAGCUGAGUCAGGACCACCUAAGGCCUUGGGUCAUCCAACGCUACUUUCUGCUCUUCUCCUUCUCGACCCCCUCUGGCCAUCAGCCUUGGGGUGGCCCCCUGACGAAGUCCUCUGACCUCUUUCACCACCUGACUCACAGUGCCCUGGAGGGAACCACCAGCACCUUCUUGUAUACUAACUUCUUGGAGCUCCUGCAUCACAAGUUCUGGCAAGGUUGUGGCGACGCUGUGGAGCUUCUCAGUCAUCACCACCAUCUUGUUUACCAAGAUCUAGGAUGGGUUAUAGACAGAACGUUUCCAUCUCACCCUCCCCCUUUCCCAAACCCUGAUGGUCAAAAAAAAGAACCAACCCAUGGGCAGACCCACCUUGGCUCCUCAACCACAGGUGUAUCAUCUCCUUUAGCUUGACCUUGCAGCUGAGCCAUGGCUACUUACAUCCUUGGGUCAUCCUAUGUUGCCUUCUGCUCGUUCCCUUCAUGACCACUCCUGGGAAUCAGCCUUGGGGUGGUCCUGAGGAAGUCCUCUGACUUUUUUCACCAGCUGACUCGCAGUGCCCUGGAGGGCAUCACCACCAGCACCUUCUUGUAUACUAACUUCUUGGAGUUACGAGUUCUGGCGAUCAGCUCAUCGGCAAGGUUGUGGAGCUUCUCGGUCGUCACCACCAUCUUGUUUAUCAAGAUCUAGGAUGGGCUAUAGACAGAACGUUUCAAUCUCAUCCCCCCCCCCUUUCCCGAACCCUGAUGGUCAAAGAAACGGACCGACCCAUGAGCAGACCCACAAUGGCUCCUCAACCAUCUAAAGACCCAAACCGAGUUUAAUUCUGGACUGUAAUCGGCAGUUUCCUAUUUUCUUAGCCCUUCGAAAUGGUGUUGGCUGUUUCUCCUUUGACGAAAAAGAGAACCAUUUUGGAUGGUGGUCCAAUGAAAUUGUGCCAGAUGAUGAGGAUUCGGCCUAAAAACUAAUUCUGUAAAACGGACAUUGAAACAAUCUCACCAUGUUUUAACUUUUGGUUUUAUCCGACCUGGAGGGACCUCAGGAGUCAGUCACCAGUAGGCCUAAAAAAAUAUAAAGUUGGGCACCCAACUUUUUGAAGCUCCUGUCCCUUUUGGCCACCCAUCUUGAAAAUCCAACAAUGAACCCCCCGAUACUCCCCUUCACCUCGCUCUACUGACCUAUCGGAACCUUCAGAAAUAUCAGGUUCUUCAGGUAUGGAGAACAAAGUUAACUGGGGUGUCCCAAGUCUACAACUCGCCCAACUAUGGAGGAGGCCGCCAUGAUGGAUUGGUGGCUUCAUCCUCCUGUAGGGUAGUCAUGUGACGGCACAGCACCGGUUCCAAGUACAGGGAAUUAUGGGAAAGAAGAUAGAGGCAUCAGCCUUGAGGCUUCAUCCUCCUGUAGGGUAGUCAUGUGACGGCACAGCUCCAAGUACAGGGAAUUAUGGGAAAAACGAUGCCGGAAGCUGGCAUGAUGGGUUGGAGGCUUCAUCCCCCUGUAGGGUAGUCAUGUGACGGCACAGCUCCAAGUACAGGGAAUUAUGGGAAAAACGAUGCCGGAAGCUGGCAUGAUGGGUUGGAGGCUUCAUCCCCCUGUAGGGUAGUCAUGUGACGGCACAGCACCGGCUCUAAUUACAGAGAAUUAUGGGAAAGAAGAUGGUGGAAGCCAUGAUGGGUUGGUGGCUUCAUCCUCCUGCCAAAUCUUUAGCGUUAAAUGCUCUGGUCUCGUUUUUUUUUUUUAGUUGGGGAGGUUUCGGACACUACUUCCUGUUCCAGACACACCCCUACUUCCUGUUCCAGACACACCUCCUACGUCCUGUUCCAGACACACCCCUAAUUCCUGUUCUGGUGACACCUCUACUUCCUGUUCCAGACACACCCCUACGUCCUGUUCCAGACACACCCCUACGUCCUGUUCCAGACACACCCCUACUCCCUAUUCUGGUGACACCCCUACGUCCUGUUCCAGACACACCCCUACGUCCUGUUCCAGACACACCCCUACGUCCUGUUCCAGACACACCCCUACGUCCUGUUCCAGACACACCCCUACUCCCUGUUCCAGACACACCCCUACUUCCUAUUCUGGUGACACCCCUACUCCCUGUUCCAGACACACCCCUACUUCCUAUUCUGGUGACACCCCUACUCCCUGUUCCAGACACACCCCUACUUCCUAUUCUGGUGACACCCCUACUCCCUGUUCCAGACACACCCCUACUUCCUAUUCUGGUGACACCCCUACUCCCUGUUCCAGACACACCCCUACUUCCUAUUCUGGUGACACCCCUACUUCUUGUUCCAGACACACCCCUACUUCCUGUUCCAGACACACCCCCUAAUUCCUGUUCCAGACACACCCCUACGUCCUGUUGCAGACACACCCCUACGUCCUGUUCCGGUGACACCUCCCGAUGUGACAGAGUAUGAGCCAAGCCACGAGUUAAUAUUCCAGAUAUGAAUGAGCAACGGCAACGCUAUUGGACAGUAACACCACUAGGACCUCCCCCGAGGUUCCAGCAUUACCCAUUCCUUUCCUCACUGGGGUCACCAGCACAGGAAGUGAAAUCUCAGCAGAGGGGACACCUACGGCAUUUGAAACCUUCCCAGUUGCACAGUUUUGGGCGGAGUUUCGUCAUUUCGGGGGUCUCAGGCCUCAGUGGGAUAGGAGGAGACGUCUACAGUUGACCAAUCGCCAAUCUGAUCGUACGAUCGCCUUUAGAGCUAGAGUAGCGCCAGGGCCUCUGAUUGGCUACAGAUUGAUUCACGUGUCCUCCUAUUAUAUAGAUUAGGAGAUUGUCCAAUCAGAUGGCACGGUGUAUGGCCAGUGUGAGAUCAUAUUAUUCACCAGCACUAACCAAUCCAAUGUAAGGGAUUGCUUUAUUGUAUCGGAUUAAUUCUACUAGUAUUAGUUUACCUUCGUCUUAUAUAUUUUUUUAUUACUUGCACAACGGAUUUCUACAAUUUUAUAAAUUUGCAGUAAAAGAAAAAAAAAAAAGUUAAAAAUAUAAAAAAAAGGCGGAUUUUUUCAGACACGGUAUAAAUAUUUCAUCAUGUUAAAGUACAUUCGUUCUGUGCCAAUGGGGGCAACGUCAGGCGUUAGACUAUUGUUUUUAAUUAUUAUUUUUUUGCUUGGUCGAAUGUUAUUCAUCAAAUAAAAAAUAGUGUGAUAUAUUAAA